AUGCGGUUCAUCGAUCAGUACAUCAGCAACAACCAGGGCUUUCAACUUGACAUCGUCGGUUUCCUCGCCAUCCUUGGAGAAGGUUCCGUCGAGACAAUCGCCCAGGUUGCCACCCUGAGCUACCUCAUCUACGUUCCCCGCCUCAUCCCUGCGCCUCAGAUUUUCAUUCGGCCCUCUCGCCCGGAAAAACUAGAGACGACAGCGGGUGCCAAAGUCAUUGGAGUCCACUCAGGCAAUACGGGGGAGGAUAUCCACCAUGUGGCCCACGCUUUGCACCGAGGUGACAAGCUGCGUCCAAACACUGUCAAUUGCGUUCGGGUAAGAGAAAACAAUAAGCCUCGACCGUCCAUCAAGAGGUUUGGCCCAUUGGCUUGGUUGGCAUUUUUGGGUGCCGUCAUGAGUGGUGCCUUACUGGGGCUUUCGAUAUACUAUGAGGAUGGAAUGUCAUUGCUUGCGACUGUGUUGCUGUCAACCUUGAGCACCGUCACCGGAAUUGCCAACAAGUGGUCACCCACACCCAACGACCCCAAGCCGGAUCCUCACUCCCCGCCUGGCGACGUCGUCAUCAAAUACCCUCAAGGUGCGUUCAUUGUGGUGAGUUGCGAAGAACGAACUGCGCGAUAUCUGUAUUUCAAUCCCAGCGAGCGUUGCAUUUAUUCGGUGAAAAGCACAGCGAUCUAUAGAGGGCUUUCCUUGAUUUCGACACUGCUACUCAUGGGUGGCGUUAUUUCGCUGGCCAAUGCAAAGAUCCAGACCCAGACGGCCUUUGCAGGUUCCUACAUGCUCAUCAAUAUCUUCUACUGGGUCGGCGCUGCGUUGCCUCCUGCCCAACAUUGGGAUCUCUCGAGACUGGAGGUGGAACACAUCGAGGUUCACGGUGGGACGCCGCCUCGGAACGCCCAACAAGUGGACAACUAUUCGCCGACGUAUACCGAAGCACUAUGGAAGGCGAUCGCCGUGACCGGGACAAGCAACUGGGUCAAAGAAGCCGGCUGGGCUCCCAAGACUCCGGCCUGGAGCGACUGGCUCAACGAGGCCGAAGAAGCUGCUGUGGGUGAACCCUUGAAAUCCAGCAUGAAGGUGGUGGAUGGGAAAGAGGUUGAGGUUUGGACGAUCCGCAACUGGGACAGUCGAAACGCACUGUCGACGUUGCUGCGAACCACGACAGACCGGCUUCAGGCCCAUCCUAAAAGGGGUUGA